AUGGCGAUCUCGACUCAACUUAAAGGAGUCAUCAUUAUUUUAUGCCUAUAUUUUGGCAAUACUUAUUCUCCUCUUGGAAGAUGGGUUCUUACCUCAAAAAACUUGGUAGAUGGAAAGAUCAUAGAUUUAUCAUCCUAUAAAAAUGACCCUAUCCAACAAUAUAGAAGUCAAAAAGCUGGCCCAAUUACUACAGGCAUCCUCAAUUGCAACAGUUUCUAUGCUGAUGGUGAAGCUUACUACUACUUUGGAACUUUAAACUCUAUCACUCCGUCCUCUACAGAAUUCGGGAUAAGUGCAUGAGUGAAUAUCUCAGACGAGGACUCAUUAGAUCCACUUAUUGUAGCAAUAGGUCUAAAUGUAUAUUCAUACGGAGUUGCUAUUGAUAAAGGAGGAAAAGCUCACCUUCACCCUGGUAGUAUUCCUCUAAGUAGUUCUCUUACCCCAGGUACUUUUUAUUAUAGGAACAUGAAUGCUUAUGGUAUAUUACUGGAUCAAGAACGCUUCCUUGUGGACAUGGAAAGUCAUUAUUCCAGGAAUCGACGCUGUAACUUAUUCUAAUGCUAAAAAUACCUAUCCAGGCAAUUACUUUUUCCUCGGUUUUUCAUAUUCAAUAUUAUAUUUCUAUGAGGUUCAAUACUUCAUAAAGGCCACAGUUAAUUCCUUUGCAGUCACCCUAUACGACAGUUCUGAUUCUACUUACAUUGCAACGACCUCUGCCUGCACAAAUUCUUGCAGCAAUUAUUGCCACCCUGAGAAAGGAUGCUUAAAAAUAACUUGCGAAUGCCCUACAUAUUGUACUUGCUCUGCUAAUGAUGAUGUAUGCACAUCUUGCAAUGAUCCUAAUGCAGACAUUGCAAAUAACUGUCAGUGCAAAGCUGGCUAUCACCUGCAAGGAAGUUCUUGUGUCUUUAGUAAUUUUUAUACAGUCCCUCCUGCAAAUUGUGCAGUUUGAAUAUCAGGAACUGUAUGCACUCAAUGUAAUUCAGACUAUUUCCUCUAUGAUAAUGGCGCCUCUACAACUUGCUUGGGUAAUUUUUAUUUAGCUUGUGCAAAUUCAUGCUCUUCUUGCAGCGCUACUCCAAGUUGCUUUUAUUGUGCUAAUUCAAUUGUUCAAGAUGGAAAUUCAUGCAGGGUGGACUCAAUUGGAUAUCAACUCAGUUUUAGCUCUCCAAAUAUCAUUGUCAUUAAUUUCGCUCAUCCAUUAUCAGAGACUUUAGCAAUUGACAACCUAAAAGUUACAACCAUGACUAAUCAAGAUAUCUCGACUGCAACUUGGAAAAUCAGCAAUUUAUCAACCCCAAGCAAGUAUCAGAUAAUAACCGACCUUAGCGUAAGCAAACUUCCAAUCAAUCUUGAUUUCAGCUUCAAUCAGGGCUCUUAG